GCCUGAGGGCCCCGGUGGCGUCCGCGGAAACUCGGCGGUCGGGGGACGCCAAGCGGACAGGUCACUGGAGUCCAGAACCCGGGAAUCUGAGCCCGGAGGGCGUGGGUAGGGGGCGUUGCACCAGUGCCCGGCAGACAUGCCUUUGGGCGGGAUUUUGGCUAAAAGAUAGGAGGCAGGUGCGCAGGGGUGCGGGGAGCGGUCCCAGGGGGCGGGAGAUUGGGGAGCGGCGGGGAGGGGGGAGGGUCUGGUCCAGGCAGGUAGAGACAGCUUCUUAGGCAGCCAGCGAGUUGGCAGGUGGGUUGGGACUCCCUUGUCAACUCAUUAAUUUUAAGCAGUCAGUUUGGGGGCACUGCAGGAUAAUCAGGAGGGCCGUGGGGAGGCAAAAGGUGACCCGGGAUGCCGGUGGUGGGGAAGGAAAAGAGGAGCCUUGGAAAGCUUGGAGGCAAAAUUGCGCUUGGGCUCCGGGUCCUUGCAUCCCCCCUGCCUUGAGUGCGGGAGAACACUUUUUCAAGACUCACCUUGGAAGGAAAGCCUCCGUCCCAGGGGAGAAGGAGAGGUGUCUGCAGGGGGCAGAGACCGCAGCUACCUGCCGGGUGCGCCCCCCACCCCAGGAGCGCUCGCUUCGCCCCCUUUCCUCCCCCGCCCCCACCUCCUUAUUGGUGCUAGUUUGCAGCGCCCAGCUCCUGCGCCUUCGCUUCGCGUUUGAAUCUGGCUCGCCCCUUCGUAUUAUGUCUGCACUCCGAAGGAAAUUUGGGGACGAUUACCAGGUAGUGACCACAUCGUCCAGCGGCUCGGGCUUGCAGCCCCAGGGGCCAGGCCAGGACCCGCAGCAGCAGCUUGUGCCCAAGAAGAAGCGGCAGCGGUUCGUGGACAAGAACGGCCGGUGCAAUGUACAGCACGGCAACCUGGGCAGCGAGACGAGCCGCUACCUCUCGGACCUCUUCACCACGCUGGUGGACCUCAAGUGGCGCUGGAACCUCUUCAUCUUCAUUCUCACCUACACCGUGGCCUGGCUCUUCAUGGCGUCCAUGUGGUGGGUGAUCGCCUACACUCGGGGCGACCUGAACAAAGCCCACGUCGGUAACUACACGCCUUGCGUGGCCAAUGUCUAUAACUUCCCUUCUGCCUUCCUCUUCUUCAUCGAGACCGAGGCCACCAUCGGCUAUGGCUACCGAUACAUCACCGACAAGUGCCCCGAGGGCAUCAUCCUCUUCCUCUUCCAGUCCAUCCUGGGCUCCAUCGUGGACGCCUUCCUCAUCGGCUGCAUGUUCAUCAAGAUGUCCCAGCCCAAGAAGCGCGCCGAGACCCUCAUGUUCAGCGAGCACGCGGUGAUCUCCAUGAGGGACGGAAAACUCACGCUUAUGUUCCGGGUGGGCAACCUGCGCAACAGCCACAUGGUCUCCGCGCAGAUCCGCUGCAAGCUGCUCAAAGGAUGACUUGUCAAGCUCGAACAUCAUAUACUGAAGAUGAAGUUCUUUGGGGUCAUCGUUUUUUUCCUGUAAUUUCCUUAGAAGAGGGAUUCUUUAAAGUUGAUUACUCUCAGUUCCAUGCAACAUUUGAAGUUCCCACCCCACCUUACAGUGUGAAAGAGCAGGAGGAAAUGCUUCUCAUGUCGUCCCCUUUAAUAGCACCAGCCAUAACUAAUAGCAAAGAAAGACAUAAUUCUGUGGAAUGCUUAGAUGGACUAGAUGACAUUACUACAAAACUACCAUCUAAGCUGCAGAAAAUUACUGGAAGAGAAGACUUUCCCAAAAAACUCUUGAGGAUGAGUUCUACAACUUCAGAAAAAGCCUACAGCUUGGGAGACUUGCCCAUGAAACUUCAACGAAUAAGUUCAGUUCCAGGCAAUUCAGAAGAAAAACUGGUAUCUAAAACCACAAAGAUGUUAUCAGAUCCCAUGAGCCAGUCUGUGGCUGAUUUGCCACCAAAGCUUCAAAAGAUGGCUGGAGGAGCAGCUAGGAUGGAAGGGAACCUUCCAGCCAAAUUAAGAAAAAUGAACUCUGAUCGCUUCACAUAACAAAGCACUCCCUUAGAAAUUAUUUAAUGUUUGAUUUAGUAAUAGUCCAAUAUUUGGCAAUGAGGUAACUCUCCCUAAGGAAUCUGAAAGUAUAUUUUCCUCCCAGUUCUACAAGCAUAUUUGAGAACCCUUCCUUUCCCAAGUAUUGCUAAUGUGCAGAAGGCCACAGUUAUGAAGGGAGGACAUAAUAAGGAAGUUAUUUAUGGGCAUGUAUUAUCACAUCAAGCAUGCAAUAAUGUGCAAAUUUUGCAUUUAGUUUUAUGGCAUGAUUUAUAUAUGGCAUAUUUAUAUUGUAUAUUCCGAAAAAAAAAAUAUAUAUAUAUAUAUUUAAAGGGGAGAAACUCUCCCCAACAUUUCUAACAUAUGUAUUAAGCCAAACAUGAGUGAAUAGCUUUCAGGGCGAUAAAACUAAAUAUAUGUCUGUGUGUGUGUGUAUGUAUACACACAUAUACAUAUAUAUAUAUAUAUAUAUAUAUAUACAUACACAUACAUACAUACAUAUAUAUCUGAUAAAAUUGUGAUGUUUUGUUCAAAGUUGUAGUUCUUGUGCAUGUUUACUUUAUUAGAGUAGGAAGGCUACUGGCAUUAAUUAUUAAUACCAAAUAUUUUAGCCUUAAAUUUUUGUCAUUUUAAAAUCUGAUUUAAUGUUUUCUGCUGUUUAAGGUCCUGGGAGGCUUUCAAUUGUAUUUUAUAUGAGAGAAUCACACAAGUUUGUGCUAUUUAUGGCCCUGCAAAAAUAUAACCAUUACAUGUUUAAUUGUAAAUUUUAGAGCAUACCAGUACUAGUAUAGCAUUGAACAUUUCUUAUGAUUUUUAAAAGUUGCUAGUACUGGGGAGAAAUAAUUGUUGAUUAAUUUGAGAAUUAUUCUUUUCCUAGACUAAUUAAAAUCUGGAAAUCUGUUUUGUAUAAGAUCUAAUACAAAGAUGAGCUCUGAACAAACGCUGAAUCAUUGUUAAUAGACAGUAGUCAAGUUAUAUUGAAUAUAUCAGAAUCUGUGUGAAGUUACACAUUAAUGGUCCCUGUUUCAAACUAAGUCAAUUGGAAACAUUUUCAUUCUUUUUUCCAGAAAUUACCUUCAUUUAAAAAACCAAUCAUUUUAAGAAGACAUGACAAUGCAAUGAAACAGAUGAUAAAUAUUUAUGCUUAAAAUAUGUAUGUCUAAUUGAGUCUCCUUUUUAUUCUGUUUUCUUGUUUAUGACAUUUGUUGUAACAGGAUAGACUUUUUCCUCACCUAGGGAACCUAUCCCAUGCCUGUCACUUAUCAUUCUGGAGGAAGUUUUUGCACAGACCUGAAAGAGAUUAAAAUUAGAUAAAUUGAA